CACAUGUUUUUUCAACCUAACCGCGACCAGCGCGACGCAGAAUUUGACUUCUCCUGGUUGGCCGUCCAACUACCCACACAAUGCGUUUUGUAUGUGGAGAAUAACCGCGCCCAACGGAAGCCAAAUUUUGAUCACAAUUGAAGAAAUACGGAUUCAACCAAUCCUUGAUUACAUUACGAUUGUUAGUGGUGGUGUCAUUUUGGCACCAAUUCUCGGCCACAUUGAAGAUGGACAGGAAGUGGUGUCUAUAGACAACCAAGUUAUGAUCGCGUUUACAACUGACGGUACUGUUAAUGCUAAAGGAUUUCGAAUUUCUUACUCACUGGCAGGGGCAGUGACAACUCCAACAACAACAACAACAACAACAACAACAAAUAAUUUGGCUUCAUGUGGAUUCAAUGCUGUGGCCACUUCAACAAGUCAGCCAAUCACAUCACCUAAUUAUCCAAACGAUUAUCCAAACAAUGUCGAUUGUACUUGGACGAUAACUGCCUCUGAUGGAAUGAGGGUUCAACUCAAUUUGAUAAUACUUGUAACAGAAAGAAACUAUGAUUAUUUAACUAUUUCAAGUGAUGGAUCACAGUUGGUAAGACUAAGUGGAUCUCAUUCAAAUAAAAUAUACAGAUCAACUGGUAGUACUCUAACUCUGGCAUUCACUUCAGAUGGGUCAGUUUCCAGGUCUGGGUUUAAUGCAACAUUUGUUGAAUACCAGCAUGUUGCAACGACUACAACAGCAGCUUUAACAUGUGGAUUCAAUGCUGUUGCCACUUCAACCAGUCAGCUGAUCACAUCACCUAAUUAUCCCAACAAUUAUCCAAACAAUGCCAAUUGUACUUGGACGAUAACUGCCUCUGAUGGAAUGAGAAUUCAGUUGAAUUUGCACAGAUUUAAAACAGAAAGAAAUUAUGAUUAUUUAACUAUUUUCAGCAAUGGUAGGCAGUUGACAAGAAUAAGUGGAUCUUACUCAAAUAAAACAUAUAUUGCAAGCGAAAAUUCUGUUAUUAUACGAUUCACUUCAGAUAGGUCUGUCACCAGGUCUGGAUUUAAUUUAACAUUUGUUGAGUAUAUGCCAGUUGUAACAACAGAAUCAACAACACGAGCAUUUUCAUGUGGAUUUAAUGCUGUUGCCACUUCAACCAGUCAGCCAAUCACAUCACCUAAUUUUCCCAACAAUUAUCUAAACAAUGUCGAUUGUACUUGGACGAUAACUGCCUCUGAUGGAAUGAGGGUUCAACUCAAUUUGAUAAGAUUUUCAACAGAAACAAGUUAUGAUUAUUUAACUAUUUCAAGUGAUGGUACACAGUUGGCAAGAAUUAGCGGAAUUUAUUCAAACAGAAUAUAUACAUCCGUUGACAAUACACUCACUUUAAGAUUCACUUCAGAUAGGUCUGUCACCAGGUCUGGGUUUAACGCAACAUUUGUGGAAUAUAUGCCAGUUGUAACAACAGCAUCAUCUUGUGGUUUCAAUGCUGUUGCCACUUCAACCAGUCAGCCAAUCACAUCACCUAAUUAUCCCAACAAUUAUCCAAACAAUGUCGAUUGUACUUGGACGAUAACUGCCUCUGAUGGAAUGAGGGUUCAACUCAAUUUGAUAAGAUUUUCAACCGAAAGAAGUUAUGAUUAUUUAACUAUUUCAAGUGAUGGUACACAGUUGGCAAGAAACAGCGGGAUUUAUUCAAACAGAAUAUAUACAUCAAUUGGCAAUACUCUCACUUUAAGAUUCACUUCAGAUAGGUCUGUCACCAGGACUGGAUUUAAUGCAACUUUUGUUGAAGUCAAUUCUACAACAACACCAGAAACAACAACGCCAGAAUCAACAACACAAGCAUCUUCAUGUGGUUUCAAUGCUGUUGCCACUUCAACCAGUCAGCCAAUCACAUCACCUAAUUUUCCCAACAAUUAUCUAAACAAUGUCGAUUGUACUUGGACGAUAACUGCCUCUGAUGGAAUGAGGGUUCAACUCAAUUUGAUAAGAUUUUCAACCGAAAGAAGUUAUGAUUAUUUAACUAUUUCAAGUGAUGGUACACAGUUGGCAAGAAUUAGCGGAAUUUAUUCAAACCGAAUAUAUACAUCCAUUGGCAAUACUCUCACUUUAAGAUUCACUUCAGAUAGGUCUGUCACCAGGUCUGGAUUUAAUGCAACUUUUGUGGAAUAUAUGCCAGUUGUAACAACAGCAUCAUCUUGUGGUUUCAAUGCUGUUGCCACUUCAACCAGUCAGCCAAUCACAUCACCUAAUUAUCCCAACAAUUAUCCCAACAAUGCCGAUUGUACUUGGACGAUAACUGCCUCUGAUGGAAUGAGAAUUCAACUCAAUUUGAUAAGUUUUUCAACCGAAAGAGGUUAUGAUUAUUUAACUAUUUCAAGUGAUGGUACACAGUUGGCAAGAAUCAGCUGGAUUUAUUCAAACCGAAUAUACACAUCCGUUGGCAAUACUCUCACUUUAAGAUUCACUUCAGAUAGGUCUGUCACCAGGACUGGAUUUAAUGCAACUUUUGUUGAAGUCAAUUCUACAACAACACCAGAAGCAACAACGCCAAAAUCAACAACACAAGCAUCUCCAUGUGGUUUCAAUGCUGUUGCCACUUCAACCAGUCAGCCAAUCACAUCACCUAAUUAUCCCAACAAUUAUCCAAACAAUGUCGAUUGUACUUGGACGAUAACUGCCUCUGAUGGAAUGAGGGUUCAACUCAAUUUGAUAAGAUUUUCAACCGAAAGAGGUUAUGAUUAUUUAACUAUUUCAAGUGAUGGUACACAGUUGGCAAGAAACAGCGGAAUUUAUUCAAACAGAAUAUACACAUCAAUUGGCAAUACUCUCACUUUAAGAUUCACUUCAGAUAGGUCUGUCACCAGGACUGGAUUUAAUGCAACUUUUGUUGAAGUCAAUUCUACAACAACACCAGAAACAACAAUGCCAGAAUCAACAACACAGCAUCAUCCAUGUGGUUUCAAUGCUGUUGCCACUUCAACCAGUCAGCCAAUCACAUCACCUAAUUAUCCAGGAAAUUAUCCAAACAAUGUCGAUUGUACUUGGACGAUAACUGCCUCUGAUGGAAUGAGGGUUCAACUCAAUUUGAUAAGAUUUUCAACCGAAAGAAGUUAUGAUUAUUUAACUAUUUCAAGUGAUGGUAGACAGUUGGCAAGAAUUAGCGGAAUUUAUUCAAACCGAAUAUAUACAUCCGUUGGCAAAACUCUCACUUUAAGAUUUACUUCAGAUGGGUCUGUCACCAGGUCUGGAUUUAACGCAACAUUUGUGGAAUAUAUGCCAGUUGUAACAACAGCAUCAUCUUGUGGUUUCAAUGCUGUUGCCACUUCAACCAAUCAGCCGAUCAUUUCACCUAAUUAUCCCAACAAUUAUCCCAACAAUGCCGAUUGUACUUGGACGAUAACUGCCUCUGAUGGAAUGAGGGUUCAACUCAAUUUGAUAAGAUUUUCAACCGAAAGAAGUUAUGAUUAUUUAACUAUUUCAAGUGAUGGUAGACAGUUGGCAAGAAUUAGCGGAAUUUAUUCAAACCGAAUAUAUACAUCCGUUGGCAAAACUCUCACUUUAAGAUUUACUUCAGAUGGGUCUGUCACCAGGUCUGGAUUUAACGCAACAUUUGUGGAAUAUAUGCCAGUUGUAACAACAGCAUCAUCUUGUGGUUUCAAUGCUGUUGCCACUUCAACCAGUCAGCCAAUCACAUCACCUAAUUAUCCCAACAAUUAUCCCAACAAUGUCGAUUGUACUUGGAUGAUAACUGCCUCUGAUGGAAUGAGGGUUCAACUCAAUUUGAUAAGAUUUUCAACUGAAAGAAGUUAUGAUUAUUUAACUAUUUCAAGUGAUGGUACACAGUUGGCAAGAAUUAGCGGGAUUUAUUCAAACCGAAUAUACACAUCCGUUGGCAAUACUCUCACUUUAAGAUUUACUUCAGAUAGGUCUGUCACCAGGUCUGGAUUUAACGCAACUUUUGUGGAAGUCCAUUCUACAACAACACCAGAAACAACAAUGCCAGAAUCAACAACACAAGCAUCUCCAUGUGGUUUCAAUGCUGUUGCCACUUCAACCAGUCAGCUGAUCACAUCACCUAAUUAUCCCAACAAUUAUCCAAACAAUGUCGAUUGUACUUGGACGAUAACUGCCUCUGAUGGAAUGAGGGUUCAACUCAAUUUGAUAAGAUUUUCAACCGAAAGAAGUUAUGAUUAUUUAACUAUUUCAAGUGAUGGUACACAGUUGGCAAGAAACAGCGGAACUUAUUCAAACAUAACAUAUACAUCCAUUGGCAAUACUCUCACUUUAAGAUUCACUUCAGACAGAUCUGUCACCAGGUCUGGAUUUAAGGCAACUUUUGUUGAAGUCUAUCCUACAACAACAACAACAGAAACAACAAUGCCAGAAUCAACAACACGAGCAUCUUCAUGUGGAUUUAAUGCUGUUGCCACUUCAACCAGUCAGCUAAUCACAUCACCUAAUUAUCCAAGAAUUUAUCCAAACAAUGCCGAUUGUACUUGGACGAUAACUGCCUCUGAUGGAAUGAGGGUUCAACUUAAUUUGAUAAGUUUUUUAACCGAAAGAAAUUGGGAUUAUUUAACUAUUUCAAGUGAUGGUACACAGUUGGCAAGAAUGAGCGGAACUUAUUCAAACAGAACAUAUACAUCAAUUGGCAAUACUCUCACUUUAAGAUUCACUUCAGAUAGCUCUCUCACCAGGACUGGAUUUAACGCAACUUUUGUUGAAGUCUAUCCUACAACAACAACAACAGAAACAACAAUGCCAGAAUCAACAACACAAGCAUUUUCAUGUGGAUUUAAUGCUGUUGCCACUUCAACCAGUCAGCUGAUCACAUCACCUAAUUAUCCCAACAAUUAUCCAAACAAUGUCGAUUGUACUUGGACGAUAACUGCCUCUGAUGGAAUGAGGGUUCAACUAAAUUUGAUAAGAUUUUUAACAGAAAGUAGAUAUGAUUAUUUAACUAUUUCAAGUGAUGGUACACAGUUGGCAAGUAUCGCCGGAACUUAUUCAAACAGAAUAUAUACAUCCAUUGGCAAUACUCUCACUUUAAGAUUCACUUCAGAUAGGUCUGUCACCAGGACUGGAUUUAACGCAACUUUUGUUGAAGUCUAUCCUACAACAACAACAACAGAAACAACAAUGCCAAAAUCAACAACACAAGCAUUUUCAUGUGGAUUUAAUGCUGUUGCCACUUCAACCAGUCAGCUAAUCACAUCACCUAAUUAUCCCAACAAUUAUCCAAACAAUGUCGAUUGUACUUGGACGAUAACUGCCUCUGAUGGAAUGAGGGUUCAACUCAAUUUGAUAAGAUUUUCAACCGAAAGAAGUUAUGAUUAUUUAACUAUUUCAAGUGAUGGUACACAGUUGGCAAGAAACAGCGGAAAUUAUUCAAACAGAAUAUAUACAUCUAUUGGCAAUACUCUCACUUUAAGAUUCACUUCAGAUAGGUCUGUUACCAGGCCUGGAUUUAAUGCAACUUUUGUUGCUGUACCAGGUGUUGAAGUGACAACAGAACCAACACCAGUUGAAAUUACACAGGCAAUAUUUCAAGACCAAACAACAGCCAAAGUUUGUCAGAACAGCCACACAGAUUUGAUGUUUUUGCUGGAUAGUUCUGGAUCUGUAACUUCAAGUGAUUUUCAAUUAGCCGCAAAUUUUGUCAAGGAUUUUAUUACUGGUAUAGAUCUUACUUCUUUCCAAGUCGGUGUAAUGCAGUACUCUCACUAUCUAUUGAACAGAGAACUUGAUGACCAACCAUACAUAACAACUGAAAUAAACAUUGGAGAAUACACCGAAGCAGACCCAUUCAAGACGGCAAUGGACACCAUACAACCCCACGGGUACACCACUUACACUGCUCAUGCUGUUCUUAAAGCAAUCAGAGUUGAUUUUCCAAGAUCCACCCGUUUCAAUAACUCAUGCACUUCUAAAAUAAUCGUCCUUAUUACUGAUGGAAGCUCUUCAGAUUCUAGUAUGCUUCGGGAUGCUGCAUUAGAAGCCAAGAACCUUGGAGUAGAUAUAUAUGCCAUUGGGGUUGGAGAUGCUAAUACACAAGAGCUAGUGGUACUCACAAGACCAGAAAGUGGCACCAAAGACAAAAUAUUUCAAAUUGACCAAUACUCUUCUCUUCCUUCCAUUCUUCAGGGGCUUCGAACCAAAAUUCUCUCAUAAUUUUGCCUUCCUCAGAUUGUUCUAAAAUUCUCUCAUAAUUUUGCCUUCUUCAGAUUGUACCAAAAUUGUCUUAUAAUUUUGCCUUCUUCAGGCUACACCAAAAUUCUCUCAUAAUAUGCUUUCUUCAGAUUGUACCAAAAUUCUCUCAUUAUUUUGCCUUCUUUAGGUUACACCAAAAUUCUCUCAUAAUUUGCUUUCUUCACACUGCUGUACCAAGAUUCUCUCUUAUUUUGCCUUCUGUUUUUAAUCACUCUCUCUCGUGCAAUGUAUUUUGCCUUCUAGAUCUAAGAUUGUGCAAUAACUUUAUUUCUUUAAACUAUAUUUCAGCAGAUUAUUUAAAAACCAAAACAAAAUUAUAAAAAAUCAUUCAAACUUUCAUCUCGAUAAUAUCAAUAAAAUUAAAUAACAAGUAGCAUGGGCCUGUAUUUUUUUAAUUUGCAUUUAUUUUUAAAGUUGGUCAGUUCGUUUUUGUUGUUUAUAUUAUAUAAUAAACCAUUUCAUUGUCAUUACAGCGUAGUAUUAAUUACUCUAAAGUUACAUGACAAUUCUUUAAAUGAAUGGAACUUUUUCGUCUGUUCGGUCCCGAUAACGAAGAACGUCACGUCAGGAAAAGGCGCUUGCGUGUCUGCUAUUACGGAGCCCACAUAUAGACCGACGGCGUUACAUAUUGUACGACGCCGUGGCAUAGUGAUUAGCGCGCCUGCCUGUGACACAGAGGUAUUGGGAUCAAGGCUCGUCGCUGCUAGCGGGCGUAUGUGGCCUUGGGCAGACAUUUAUAAAA